AUGGAUUCGGAUCCGAACGCUGGUCCGUCGCGAUCGCGGUCCCAGCGUUCGCUUCAAGCCCCAUCUGAGCGCAACCGAGCUUCCUCACUGUCGACCUUCUCGACCAGCCAUCCUGGACCUGCUACUCCAGCCGCAUCGGAUGCACCGGCCGACGAGUACUUUGAACCACUCAGCUCAGCGGCCUCGAGAAGAUCACGACUUUCAGUGGUAUCUCAUGGUCGACCGGGUAGUGUUGGCGCGUCCGAUACAAAUCCUGGGGAACGACCUCGACGACCGAGUAUUAGGAUACGCAGGAGCUCUGUUGGCUUAACGGGGCAGUCUACACACGGCACAGAGCAUGAUGCCUCACAACAGCAGCAACAGAUCGAUGGCGGUCGGAAUGAAGGACGACUUCGGGGAAAUCGACCGCGGAGCGUUUCGCAACCUGGGCCGGUGCCGCCUAUUGGGGGAGAUGCUGGUGCUGGGAGAGCGAGGAAUUCACGGCGGGCGCAGCCGCAGAUUGCGCUGCCUAGACUGACGGAAGAAGGAUCACGGCCGACUAUGGCGGAGUUGGGAUUGGGAGGGACGUCGCCUUUGUCGCCGAGUGCCUCGAUGCCUCCUGCUCCGGCUCCUGCUCUGGAGAGGAGCCAUAGCGCCGGUGAGGUGGAUGUUGAUGAGGAGGCGAGUAAGCAGCAUAGGAGGAGUUUUGUAGGGAGGAUACUUCGCCCGAGUUUUAGGAGGUCGUCUGUUGCUCCGCCGGUAGAAGCCGUUGACCCUAGAGAUACGGAUGAGUAUAACGAGGAGCUUGUUGACUGGCUGGAUAUCAUUGAUCCCGAGGUCCAGACGCUUUCUACACUGACAAAUGUUCAAAACUCGCUCUUUAUCCCUGACCUGGGAAGCUGGGUGAAUCGACGACCAACAUAUGUGCUAUCACAACCGGAAGCACUCCCGGCACGACCUGUUCCACCGAGAGAACCCAUUCCGCCUCCCGAGGAACCAACUAUCCCAGAAGAACAGGAAGAAGGGCCACGACCAGAAGAGGAAGAACCAGAGCAGACACCGUACAUCCGACGCACGGAUACAAUCACCUCGCGACUAUCAGACUCGCACUAUGCGGCGCUGCCUCACGGCAGAAGGCUAGAAGGGUGGUCAGCAGCCGAGAAGUGGGAACUAGACGACCAUGUCCGUCACAUGCUGCAUUCGCGACGGUCCAGGUUCAAGCGCCAGAUGAAGGGAUUCGGGCAGUACGUUCGUCGGCCGUUGGGAUUCUUCGUCACCCUCUACGCGACGCUCAUUACAUUAUUUGGUCUCGCGUGGGUGCUGUUCCUCAUCGGAUGGAUCUACGUCGGCGACCAGCAAGUCUAUGCCAUUCACAUCAUCGACAGUGUCCUCGUCGCGCUGUUUGCCAUCAUGGGCGACGGUCUCGCCCCUUUCCGCGCCGUCGACACCUACCACAUGAUUUUCAUCGCCCGCUACUCACGCAUCAUUGAGAAAGCAAAGAAGAAAGCUGCCAAGGAACUCGAACGAACCGAUUCCACGCCCGAGGUUCCCAACACGGACACCUCCGAAGAAAAGCAGACAAACCCGCCGCCGCCUCCCCCCCAAGCACAUCAUCCACCCACCGUAGAGGAAUCUCCAUCACCACGCCAAACUCCCACCUCAGACUUCACCGGCAUACCGCCCAUCACCCUCGACGGCGACAACAACCCGGAAAUCGACCUCGAAGACGCCAAAUCCGAAUCCUACUCCCUCGAAUUCGACUACCUCACCCCCAAGCAGCGCAAGUCCCUGGAGCACCACCAGAAGAAACUGUCCAAGUCGCACAGUUUCUACAAGCCCCACGAGACGUUUACGCACCACGCCUUCCCGCUGGGCCACCUCAUGGCUAUUAUCAUCCUGCUGGAUUGUCAUUCCUGUCUGCAGAUCUCGCUGGGCGCGUGUACGUGGGGCAUAGACUAUCACCACCGCCCGUUUGCCCUUACGACGGUGAUUCUGUGCGUGAGCAUUACGUGUAAUUUGACGGCGGGGCUGGUGAUUAUGUUUGGGGAUAGGAAGACAAGGAAGAAGGAUGUGGUGGAGUUGUUGAAUAGGCAGGCUCUUACGGGGGAUGCGAUUAAGAAGUUGGAGAGGAAGAGGGGGAAGGAGGCGGAGAGGGAGAAUGGGGAGGGAUCUAAUAAGGGGAGUGGGGAUAAUGAAAAGGAGGAUGAUGGUGAGAAGCGCAAGGAUAAGGAGAUUGAGGUUGAAGUUCCGAGUGAGAGGGCUGCAUAG